CCAAAAAAUGAGUAAAUCCAAGGCUCAUAAAGAGAUGCAAUUACUUUCUUGUAGCCAAUUUAAUUGCAAUAUUUUUUUCCUAGUCUUUAGUUUUUCCUGGUUUUGAAUUCCAUUUUCAUGAAGGUAUGAUUCUAUUUCACAGGAAAAUGGCAGAUGCUGUUGCCAGUGUUCUUCUGAAUAAUUUGUUGUCAAUACUCAUAAGCGAAGGUCGUCAGCUACUUGAGUUUGAUGAUCAGUUUGAGGAAACAAAGGAGGAGCUUCAGUACAUGCAGAGCUAUCUCAAGGUAGCUGAUCAGGUGAAGAGAAGAGAUAGGAAUGAUAUUCUCAAGACGGUAAUGAGCAAUUUAAGAGAGUUGGUAUACGACGCUGAAGAUGUACUAGCAGAUUAUCAACUUCUAUUCCAGAAAAAACACGAAGGGUGUGCACCUAAUUUUACAAGUUAUUGCUUUCCUACUCAUUUGAAAUCCCGUCAUCAGUUUGGAAAGCGGCUGAGGAAAAUAAAUCAAGGGGUAAGGAAGGUGAAGGAGAACAUGAAGUCCUACGUGCAAACAGCUCCUCACCAACCUGGCAAAGAUGAAGACGGUGGGAAUAUGGGAAUGACCUACCCAAUCCUAAUGCAUGAAGCUGAAAUGGUAGGAUUAGAAGAUGACUCAGCGAAGAUUAGAAAGUGGAUCUUAGGAGUAGAUGGACCCUCAACGGUGAUUGGAAUAGUUGGAAUGGGGGGAAUCGGUAAAACCACACUCGCUCAAAAGAUAUGUCACAGUGAGAGCGUGAAAAACUCUUUUAAUCACUUGGUCUUUGUUACUGUUUCUCAAAGUUUCAAAUUGAAUGAAUUGCUGAAGAAGAUGCUAAAAAAGCUAGAUAUAGAAGAGGAAUCUCUUGGGGGAAAUGAUGUUGUGGAGCUAUUGGAAAGUCUUAACAGGAAAUUAGAUGCGAAAUACUUGGUAGUUUUGGACGAUGUUUGGGAAACGAACGAAGGGAUGUGGUGGGAUAGCUUGAAGUCUGGUUUGCCCCAAGUGGAGGGCAGUUGUGUUAUUGUUACAACUAGGAAUGAGGAGGUUGCUAAAUCAAUGGGAGCACGCAUACACUAUCUCCAAUGUCUUUCAAAUGAAGAUAGUUGGUCCUUCUUUAGCAAAGUAGCUUUUGCAAGAACUGGAGGUAAGUGCACAAAUCCAGACUUAGAGGGCUUGGGAAAGGAGAUUGUUGCAAGGUGCGGGGGACUGCCAUUAGCAAUCAAGGUUGUGGCUGGAAUGAUGUUGGGGAAGAGUGAUUCUAUCCAUGAAUGGAGGCGAAUAUCAGAGCACCUAAAAGACGAAUUGAAAAUCAGUGGGAAAGAUGAGCCUGUCAUUUCAAGUUUAGAGUUAAGUUACGAGGAGCUCCCAGCACACUUAAAACCUUGUUUUUUGUGCUUUGCCAUGUUUCCUGAAGAUUUUGAAAUUGAUGUUGAGGACAUGGUUAACUGGUGGAUUGGUGAGGGUUUUGUUUGUGGAAAAAAUGGGAAAACGGCAGUUGAGAUAGGAGAAGAAUGUCUUUCAGAAUUAUUUAAUCGAUUUUUGAUACUUGGAAUUGAUAAAGAUGAUUUCGAGAGAAGCUAUGUUAGAUGCAAAAUGCAUGAUAUGGUUCGAGAUAUGGUAAUAAGAAUUGCAAGAGAAGAGAGCUUUUUUGUGAGGUUGGACUGUGGAGGUAGUCCCGCAUUCAGUGAGCAGUCUCGUCGUUUGGGAAUUGUGGGGAAUACAGCUGUAGAGAGCAUCGGAAACAGUUCCACCAAGCUGCGGACGUUGGUUGGGAAGGACAUUCAGAGCAAAGAGAUGAUUGCAAGUCUAAAAGCAAAACUAUGCAAAGUAAGGUGGUUGAGGGUGUUAUCUCUUUCAUUGCCAGACUGGAAUCUCGAUGGAGAUGUGGUGUGCAGCGAUUGGUUGAGUGGGAUAGGGUCAUUACAGCACCUCGUUUAUCUUAACAUAGAGAGUUCUGCCUUAAAAUCACUGCCCGAUUCAAUCGGAAAACUUCGUAAUCUUCGGAUUCUAAGUUUAUGGAACUGCCCGAAUUUGAAAAGGCUUCCUGUGUCAAUCACAACAUUAGAGAAGCUAACAGCUAUCCAAAUUUUUGGGUGUGGGUCUUUAGAAUGCAUGCCGGAAGGGAUUGGAAAGCUUUCAAAUCUCGAAUGGUUAGGAUGGUUUAAUCCUGUGAAUAAAAAUGGAUCCAGGAUUUCAGAUUUGAAGAACUUGACAAAACUUAGGGAACUUUGUAUGGAGAUAAAGUCAGUUGAAGAAAUAGAAGAAGGGGAAUGGAAUGUGUUAUCAAUGCUCCAGCAUCUGCAAAUUCUAAAGUUAGAUUUUGGGAGAAUUUCUGUUGAAAGAGAUGCAGUUGUAAGGAAGAUGGAAGGUGAGCUUUCUCCUCCUCUUAAAUCCCUGAGAGAGUUGUAUCUUUGGAAGUGGCCAGGAGAAAGGACACCUGCGUGGCUCAGUCCUACUUCCCUUCCCAAUCUUCAGUUUCUUUACAUUGAAAGCGGAGGGAUUAGGGAGAUGGGUCCCAGAUUUUGGGACAGCGAGAGUGGGGUAUGGAAAGUGGAGGUAUUGGUGCUAGGUUGGAUAAAAGAGAUGGAUGAGGAGUGGCAGAGGAUGCGAAAGGCAAUGCCGUCUUUAAGACUCCUCAAGGUUCGGAACUGUCCGAAGCUCAAGUCAUUCCCAUUCGAUGUUACAGAUGGUGGGGAUGAGAAGAAAUGGAGGAAAGAAGAAGAAGAUUCUGCUACGGGUGCUGUUGAAGAAGAAGAAAAAGGCGACAAGUUUUAUUCUUUUGCCAGAGAAGAAGAAGGUAACAAGUUUUAUUCUUUUCCCAGAGAAGAAGAAGGUACAUCAAUACAGGAGAUUUCUUCUGAGUAGCUCGAGGAAAGGACAUUUAUAUCUAGAGGCAACUGCAAAUUUCUGGCGCUUAUCAUCCAAUGUUCAUCAUCAGCUUUCUCACUUUCAACUUCCCGUCUCCAUUGAUAAAUCUGUGAACUCUUGUUCCUCCUCUUAGAUGGCAGAAGUUUUAAACUUCUUUUUUAUAAUGUAUUGUUAGGGAAUAAACUUUUGGAAUUAAUAGUUUCUGAUACCUGGGGAUGUACUUGGUUUCGCUAUUAGAUACAUUUCAUUGAUAUUAGUAGAUUUACAUGGUAUUUUUCCAUGGUAUGCACUUUUGUUUUUUUAAAUACUUAAAUUGAAUAUUGAGAAUAUCUUCGAGUGUGUAUAAUCAAAAGUAUUCAAGCCACUGGUGGUGGUGAAUACAGGAAAUUCAAAACCUUUCUUGAAAUAUGUGGUAAUACUCACAGUUUCUCUUGUACUGUCUC